GCUCCGCCACUUGCGCGAAUAGUUUUUAUUUCAUUGCGUACCAUUUUUAAGCUGUUUAUUUCCCCUCAUCAACUUUCCUUAGCACACAAUCGACCCUUCCAAAGACGUCGAAACUCACAAUGACUUCACCAACUUAUGACUACAUAGUUGUUGGAGGUGGCCUUGCAGGCUGCGUCCUCUCCAGCCGCAUUCGACAAUACGACGAUGCCGCCAAGAUACUCCUCAUUGAAGCUGGAAAAGAAACCCGGGGGCGUCCGGAUGUACAUAACAUGCAAGUAUUGAAUUUGGGCAGUGAAUUGGACUGGCAGUAUCAGUCAGAACCCGUUGAAGCACUUAUGGGUCGACGAAUCACUCUCAACGCCGGAAGGGGCUUGGGCGGCAGUUCAGCUAUCAACUCGGGUGGCUGGACUCGUGGUGCUGCGGCAGACUAUGACGAGUGGGCAUCUCUGGUUGGAGACGAGCGCUACAGCUACAAGGGCCAACUACCAUGGUUCAAGAAAUCAGAGCUCUGGUUCGAUGACAAGAACCCAGAACAGCAUGGGCAAGAUGGACCAAUCCGUGUCACUUGCGCCAAGGCAUCCAAUCGCGUGUUCCCGCUUGCUGGGCAAGCCGCUGCUGGAUGGGAAGAGCUUGGUGUUUCAACCCUACCAGACGGUGACCAGAAUACCGGAAACAACCUUGGGCGUGCUUACAUAUGCGAAGCAAGAUCUGAGGGCAAACGCGAGUGGUCUGCCAAUCAAUACUCACUGGAUGGAGUUGAAGUUCGUCUCGAGACCUUCGUGAACCGAGUCAUCGUUCAGAAGAUUGAUGGGAAUCUCAAAGUCACUGGUGUUGAGCUGGCUGACUGUAACGUUGUCAAAGGCCAGAACAUCAUAGUCUCCGCUGGUGCAUUCCGCUCUCCUCAGAUCCUUCAGCUCUCUGGCAUUGGCUCAAGUAGCCAUCUUCAAGAGUUUGGCAUUGAGCCACUUGUCGACCUUCCAGAAGUAGGCAAGAACUUAUCCGAUCAUAUGAUUUUCUUCCAGCAUUGGCGGCUACGUGAUCCUUCUGCUGGAUAUACUAUUGGGUCCGCCAAUCCUCUUUUUCAACAACCCCAAUACUCGCAAGGUGUACCUUUUGACUGGAUCGUCAACACCAAUGUCCCCAAAGAGGGACUUGUUAAAGCUAUUGAGAAAGAUGAAGGGGUAAAGCCGAAUGAGUCCAAUCAUGUUCUUCUCGCGAAAGAACGUACAUUUAUUGAAAACAUCGUCAUGUUUGCGAAGCUUCCAUUUCCCGGUGUCCCCAUGGAUGCAGAGCAUAUCACUAGCGCGUUGGUGAGCUUUUUGCCUACCUCGACCGGCUCUGUGUCAUUGGGGUCUGGGAAGCCUGACGACCACCCAAAGGUCAAUCUCAAUUAUCUCUCCACCGAGGUAGACAAGUACGUCUUUCGUGAAGCUUUGCGCCAGUUGACAAGAUUCAUGCUGGGGUCCAAAUUUGGUGAACAGAUUAUCGGAGAAUCUAUUCCCGAAGGGCUUCCCGUGGAAGCUCUUGCACUGGAUGAUAGUGAUGAAAAGUUGGAUCAGAGAAUAGCUAUGACUGGCGGCACGUCGUGGCAUCCUUCAGGUACUUGCUCUAUGGGUAAAGUGGUUGACACAGAGUUUCGCGUUAAAGGUGUUCAAGGGCUCCGGGUCGUUGAUGCAUCAGUCAUCCCUGUGCCGUUGAGUGCACAUGUUCAAGCUCCUCUUUAUGCGCUUUCAGAGCAAGCGGCAGCUAUCAUUGCUGGGAAGGUUUAGACUAGGUUGCAAUUAGUAGACUUUACAGACAUCUAUGAUUGAAGAAGACUGAAGUCAUCGAAAGAG